AUGCAAGCACACGCUGGUGUAGCUGAAACUUUAACUCAAAUUAGGGAAAAAUUUUGGAUACUUAAGGGUCGACAGCGUGUAAAGAGUAAUAUUAACAAGUGUGUGAUUUGCUACAGAUUUAAAGCUAAGCCACUAAGUCAGGAUAUCGCUCCUUUACCAAUCGAAAGAAUAACAGAGGCAAAUCCCUUCGAAGUUGUAGGACUUGAUUUUGCUGGUCCUAUGAGUACAAAGGAUGAAGAGCUGGAAACAGUUUUAAUUGAAAUUGAGGCGAUAUUGAAUUCGCGUCCACUGACUUAUGUUUAUAGUGAAGUUGGAGAACCAGAACCGCUGACGCCAGCUCAUUUUCUAGUUGGACGAAGACUGACAUCCUUACCAUCUGGCAAAAUUCUUGAACCUGAUUCAACUAAAGAAAAUUUAACAAGGCGAUAUAAAUACCGGCUAAGGUUAUCACAUCUAGUGAAACGCGAUCCUAAAAGAAACUUCUUCGAGAAACGAGUUGUUUCUUCUCCUGAAAAUGGUUUAAAAGGCUAG